UUUAGUUGAGACAUAAUGGAUCUAUCAUGUUGGAAAAACUUCACCAUCACUCAGAAAAGGAACAAAAGUUAAUAGAAAACACAGGCGAGACACAAGAAAACAGCACAAUUACCAUUAAGGUAAAUAAUUGCGAAAGCCAGAGAGAAAAAAAGAUGUUCAGAAUGAAUUGAGAAAUUCAAUCAAGUAGGAGUUUGAGAGAGAAAAAGAAAUUUAGGACAGCUUCAGUUUGUAUUGUAGAGGAAAUUGAGAGAGAUUGGGACACCUGUAUUUGGUUCUUAUACAAAGAAUAAAAUGAUGUACCUGGUGCUUAUUCUGGCAGCAGGUCUGUCACUGCACUCACUUUCAUCUACUAGAAGAAUCAAUGCUGAAAUGGUAAAGAACUGCCUACAGAACACACAAAUAAUGAUGGACAUCAUGUGUGGACGUUAUUCUACCAACCGGAUUUUUGUCAGUUCCUAUCAACCUGGUCUUGAAACCCUAUUUGCCCAGUCAAGCAGCAAAAAAAACACCCUGCCUCUUGUUCUGGACCCUGCAGCCAUCAGCUUGGAUGCAGACACUUCAGACCCAGAAGGGAGCAGCCUAGAGGAGACAUCUGCAAAUGCUGCCAUGGGACAGCAGGUACAGAUGCCAGAAGACCCACACCAUCAGUUUCAAGAACAGCUAUUUCCCUUUAACCAUUCACUUCUUGAACCUACCUGGAAAACAUUAAUCACUACUACAGUUUAGCAACACUCUGAACACUCUGAUCACUUUUCACUAAAAUGGACAUUUUUUGUUUUAAUUGAGUUAUAUUUCUUGUAAAUAUUGUUUAUAAUUUGUUUAAUAAUCAUUUUCUCCUGAAUGCUGCUUACAUGAUGCUAAGUAGCUAUGAUGCUUAUGCAAGUAAUUUUUCAUUGCACUUGUCAUACGUGUACUUCUGCAUGUAACAAUAAACUUGACUUUGACUUUGAAAGGUGAGGUUUAAAAGAAUAUCAAUUGAAAAUAUAGAGAAUAAGGGUCAAAAAUAUAUUGUGAAAUUAUUAACUUUAAUAAAAUAUUGAAAGAAUAUGCCUCUGUAAAGAGGAUGGUGAACCUGCUUUAUGGAUCUCCCAAUCCAUAGAUUAGUCAAUUAAGUCUCUCAAGUGGAGCACCGAACAGCUUUGAAGAAGUUGCAAAAAUGACUACCAUUGGUUUCUAUGUUAUUCUGUACAUUCAAAAGCUUAACCAGAUAUGAAUCAUAGAGUAAUACAGCUUAAAAACAGGCCCUUCAGCCCAACUGGUUCAUGCUGACCAUAACUCAGAUCUAAGCUAGUACAAUUUGGAUCAUGUCCCUCUGACCGUCUUCUACCUGUAGAUUUGCCCAAGUGUUGUAAAUGUACAUGGCUAAACUACCUCUUCUGGCAGCUCAUUCCAUAUGUACACCUUAGAGUGUCAAAGUAAUAGAAUAAUUGUUCAUAUGUGUUUUUUUCUCUGUAUAAGUAGAUGUCCUCCACUGGUUGGAGUUGAGUGUGAGUAUUGCAUUCAAGCUGUCUACGUGAUAUGCAAGCCAGUGCCCAAGUCAAGGCAAUAUGAUAUGGAGAGCAAGCUGCUGCCCUCGCUGAAGCUUCUCCUCUCCACGCAGCGGCUCAAUCCAAAGGAACAGCAACACCAACAUCGUUUGGCGCCAGUGGAGUCACAGCAGUUUCCAGUCAGUGUUGAAUUCAGCACAUGACUGCCUUAGGGACUCCAGCCCCAGAUUCUUCCUCAGGGUUUACUCCCAAAACCUACCCUAUGAGUGGGUAUAACCACAAGGUAGCAGGGGUUUGAGAUCAGAGUUUUCCUUCUCCUAGAUGAGCUGCCAUCUACAGCUGAUGAGCCCCAUCUGCCCGAAGUGACUGGUUUUAAGGCACUAGUACCCUACCUUUGUCCCUCCUCCUGUCAGUAGAAAUGGUUCUGCCAGGCUUAGGGACUAAGCCACAUGUGAAGGUCAGGAUUUGGUUGUCAGAGGUUAUUUGAGAUGCACGCCAUUGGGAGCAUUUAAUCGGCAGUGUCAGCUUAUUCCUCACUAUUUCCUCCUGGCAAUGACAACCUGAAGGAACCUUGAAGCAUAGUAUCUGAGCUUACUCCAACAGAGUAGCUCAGACUCCCUCCCCUUUGAAAGAGAGAAAGAGAGCAGCAAAGUGUGGUGAUACAAAGGAAAAUAAAACCAAUCCCAAUAACCCUGUAGUGUUCACAGCCGGAAUU